AUGAUUAUAAAAAAUCAAACUUUAAUCGACAAGGUUAUUGACGUCUUUCGUUUUGACUAAGAAGAUAGAAGGCCAUUACAGAGUAAUAAAGACAAUUAUAAAAGUAUUCUUGUAAAAGCUAGAUAUUCUCAGCUAACAUAUUGGAUUGUUAAUGCCAAACAUAAAACUUAUCUAUUUUGAUUUAGUCAAUCAAAGUGUUGAUUGUGAAAAACGAGUUUAUAUAUUUCUAAAAGGAAAAUUAAGCGUUGAGGGUAUUCUAAUUUUAGAAAGCUUUUAAAUAUUAAAACCUACAAUAAUGCGUAUUGUUUAUCUUUAUUAAGUAACUUUUAGCAGAACUCUUUAUAAUCAGAUUAUUUAAAUGAAUAGACAGAAAGAAAUUGAAGCUAAAUUAAACUUUUUAAUUCAAUUUUCAUUUUUUUCUUGCAUUUAUUUAAGCUCAAUUUAUGCUAUUCUAGAUUAAAUUCCACUUAAAACAUAUUAAUAUAAAACUAAUCUUACACAUCUUUUACCUGGAAUUGUUUGCAUAAUUAAAUCAGGGUAACAACUCUUUAUCAAACUAGAUCAGUUGUGCUCCAGUCUGUUAAAGGACCUUUUCAUAAAUAAUUGUAUUAAUUUUUAUUAUAGUAGUUCGAUAAUAACAGAAAAAGAUCUUUUUGGAGAAGCAAAUUUUAUAGAUGAAGAUAAUAAGAUUAAUUUGAAAAAGUUUUAAUUUAAUCAAAAGUAUUACGAAGCCAUUUGUAAUUCUUAAGAAGUAGAAUUAUAUUUAAUAAAUGUAUCUGAAUUAAUUCACUCAUUAAAUUCUUAAUAAUUAAGAGUAAAAUAUAAAUUAAUAUUUAGCUAUAUCUAUAAAAAAAAUUUAGACAAAGAAUAUCCCAAUUAAGAUAGAAUAUAGAAUAAAAUUAGUCGUUCUCGAAACCUAAGCAAUAAUAACAAUAAUAAUUAUCUCAAAAAAGAUUAAGAACAAAAACAAUAGGUUCAGAUUCAUAGUAUGAACAUUUAAAAUAAAAAGAAUCAGCAGCUAUUGAUAAAGUUAAAGAAGUUGUAAAAAAUAUGAAUUUCUCUUAUUCAAGAACUAGAAAUUAUUUUGCCUCAAAAUUAGGAGCUGAAAAUAUACUCUUUCAUAAAGCUUUUAUGUAUUAAUAUACUCCUCAAAACACAAAAAAGUAAAGAUAAUCAUCCUUAUCUUCUGCAAUAAAAUAGAAAUUAAGUUAAAGAACAGAAAGAUGCAAGACUAUGUCUAAUAUAGAUAUGAGAACAACAUUUUUAUAAAAUUCUUUUUAUAAAAACUAUUAAGAAUAAAAGGAAAAAUAAUCCAAACAAAAUAUAUUUGAUUGAUAAAAGUUGC